CUCGCGUCUUCCCCCUGCUUUCCCCGCCAGGCCGCCACUAUUUGCUCUAAUCCCUCCAAAAACCCUAGCAAAACCACCCCAAAAUCCCCAUUCCCUCCAUUCUCCGCUGUGAUUCCCCUUCCAAGAGUUUCAAACCCUGAAUUCAGUCAUGAUGGGGACACCCACCCUACGUGUGAAUUGAAUCGUUCCUGUUUUGGAUUCUCAUCAUACCCGAUCUCACCUACCCAUUUUAUUAUCCACAAAAAUAAUCUCCCCCCCCUCCAAUUCGCUCUACAAAUUCCUCCGGUAUGCGCUCCGUUUGCGCCAUGACGGCCCUCCUCUCCGUCUGCUCCUCCACCUCCCUCCGCUCGAGCGCUUUCAUUCCGCGAGCACCAUUCUUGUCGCUCCCUUUCCGGCGGGAUCUUUCUUGCUCCAAGCUCCGCUUGGCGAGGUCCAUCUCUACAGCAGCGGCGGCAGUCAAGGCUCGGGCAGGCGGCGGUCGACCGCUGAUGGAGGUCCGGGCAGCGCAGUCCGGGGAGAUUCACGUCAUCGUGGGCCCCAUGUUCGCCGGCAAGACUACCGCGCUCAUCCGCCGCGUCCAGGCCGAGGCCGCCACCGGCAGUGAACCAACUUGCUGCCACUGUCCGGGGCAAGACGAAAAAUCUACGGUUAAGAAGAACUGGACUGUGGCACUCAUAAAGUCCGACAAAGACAAUCGGUAUGGAUUGGAUUCUGCUGUGACGCAUGAUGGCACAAAGAUGGCGUGCUGGGCUCUACCCAAGCUUUCUAGCUUUCAAGAUAAAUUAGGAACAGAGGCUUAUGAUAAGGUAGAUGUCAUAGGAAUUGAUGAAGCCCAAUUCUUUGACGAUCUUUAUGAUUUCUGCUGCAAAGCUGCUGAUCAUGAUGGAAAAAUUGUUGUGGUUGCAGGCCUAGAUGGUGACUACAAAAGGAAUAAGUUUGGCUCAGUUCUGGACAUCAUUCCCCUGGCUGACUCGGUCACCAAGCUAACCGCACGCUGUGAGUUGUGUGGUCACCGGGCGUUCUUCACAUUGAGGAAGACACAAGAAACUAGGACUGAAUUUAUUGGAGGAGCCGAUGUGUAUAUGCCUGUAUGUAGGCAGCACUACCUGGAUGGGCAGAUUGUUAUCGAGGCCACAAGGAUUGUUAUGGAAGUUGAGAGAUCCACAGUGACUCACGCUUUGAAGUAGCUCACUGCUAGGCCUCCCUAUGCAGGUAUGCAAUUUGUAACAUCACCCAUCCUUCUUGCCUUCUCCCGAAAUCUCCAUCACCUGGGUAUGCCAUUCAUCCAAUCAUCGCAGUUGGUAAGAAAAGGCCAACAACUUGUUGAGAUGUGCUACCAUUGUGAGUAGCAGCUAUUCAUCCUCUGUAGCACCAUACCAAGCUAAUUAUCAAAUGAAGCAAUGCCAUAUUAUCAUGGCAAAAACUAGUCAAGUUGCAUUUGAGCAGAAUGUAAAUGAUAACCUGUUGGGAUGUUCAGAACGUUUGCAGUAUAAAAACAACUAUGAUGUUUUUUUUGAGCGGUAACAA